AGAUUUCAGUCUUCGGUGGGAGUUUGCUCUGAUAAAAUGGAGUUGCGAAGCAAAUUUUGUGCAAAACUUAUCCUAUGCUAUGCGAUACUGCUAGUUUUGGUUACGACAGUUGCGCCAAAGAUCUACUCUAGGCAGCAAAUAUUGAGGGCUUUGGCGCGACAUCCUCCACGCAGGGACUACGAUUACAUCGACUUUGAUAGCAGCAUAGAGGAAGAGUUGGUAUCAUCAAGACUGCGCGAUAGAUAUCCGGAAUUUUUCGACAGAGCGGACAGCUCUGAGUCGUCAUCAACUUCUGAAAAGAAGGCAAUGAAACGUGUGGAUUCGAAAUAUGGAGUAUCCAAAGGUGUGAGCGCUGGGGGCAAGUUAUUUCUCGUUCUUCUACCGUUCAUGAUGAUUCCGUUCAUGCUGUUACCGCUGAAGCUGUUCAUCAUGUUCAAGGUGUUUGUUGCAGGAAAAAUUACCCUGUUAGCUGCCUUGCUGGCAAAAAUUCUUUCAAAGAAAAAAUAUUUGAAACACUUUAAGAAAAAGAAGGGUAAAAAAUGCAAGGGUGCUCUACUGGCACUAUUGCCUCUUCUUUUAAUUGGUUUGGUUUUGGGAAGUGUUUUAAAUGGUGUAAUUUCUGGAGUCGUCAGUGGUAUCAUAAGUGGAAUCAUAGCCUUAGUCAAUAGUACCAUCACAAAUAGCACUACUACAACUACCACAGAACAACAAGGAAAGCUCCCGUAGACCUGUAUGUUAUACCAGAAAUGAACUUGGGAUAUUCAAACAACAGAUACAGUUACAAGAUGGAUAAAUUUGUUGAAAGCGAUAACAGAACUCGUUCGGAUACGUGCCUUUUGACAACGGAGAACUUUAGAGAUAUGUCGAAAAAUG